GUGAAACGUCAAAGUCAAUAUACAGAAAUUUUUAGAGGCUUUGCCAUUCAGUCUGUUUAGUAGGUGCUAUAAUACAAUCAGCUGAAUCAGACAGACGACGAAACGUGGCCACAUUAAACAGCGGUUCCCUGAAUGUGGUUUCAACUGAUUUUGCUAUUCCUAUUGGGCGUAGCUUUGUGCUGCGGCUCCGUAGGAUGCAUGAACAAUCGCUACCUGAGCCUACUGGAACGUCUCUUUGCCUACAGCUCGAGCCAAUUGCGAAAGGAGCGCCGCAUAAAACCCUGCGACGAGCAGCUAAGACAACGCCAUCGUCGACUACGCCAGCUGCUGAGCAAGAAGCAGCAGGAACACCAGCAGCAGCAGCAGCAGCUACACAAGCUGUCAGCGGGUCAGACCGAGGUGGUUGUCAAGGAUGCGCUAAACGCACGCAUGGAGCAGUGCUGCAACCUGAUCGCGGAGGGAUUGCGUCUGGUGCUCGAGGACGAUGUGACGCCACGAUUUGCGGCCGCUGCGCCGCCGGCCGGCGAAUGGAAUCUGCUGACGCGCAAUCUGCGCCACCAAAAGCGGCAUCUCAACUGGCGUCUAUUCCUUAUCUGGCUGCUGGCGCUGCUGCUGCGCUACAGUCUGCUGGUGCCGUUGCGCACCUUGGGCUGCUCCGGCUGCCUGCUGCUGGUUACGCUGGUGACGGGUGUGCUAGGCCAGCUGCCCGAUUGGAGAUUUAAACGGCGUCUGGUGCAGAUAGUGCUGCGGUCGUGCUUCCGCCUUGCCACCUGUUUCAUUCCGGUGGUGCGACGCAUACACAACCUGGAGCAUCGGCCCCGCAUGGGCAUCUGUGUGUGCAACCACACAAGCCCCCUGGACGUGCUGCUGCUGAUGUGUGACGUGCACUAUUCCCUCACUGGGCAGCGGCAUGAUGGCAUUCUGGGCGUGAUACAGCGCGCCCUGCAGAGGGCAUCGCCGCAUUUGUGGUUCGAGCGUCAGGCGCACGGGGAGCGCGAGGCACUGGGCCUGGUGUUGCGCCUGCAUGCAGCUGGACGUGGCAAGCCGCCCAUACUGCUCUUUCCGGAAGGCACCUGCAUCAAUAACACGGCCGUGAUGCAGUUCAAAAAGGGCAGCUUUGCCAUCUGCAAUGUCGUCUACCCCGUGGCAGUGCGCUAUGAUCGACGCUAUGGCGACGCCUUCUGGGAUAGCACUCGGUGCUCGAUGCUGCGCUACAUUCUAAUGGUGAUCUCCUCCUGGUCCAUCAUCUGUGAUGUGUGGUAUAUGCCGGCACUGAAGCGACGAUCCACUGAAACGGCCAUUGAAUUCUCGAAUCGUGUCAAGGCAGCGAUUGCAGCACAAGCUGGCCUCGAGGAUCUGCCCUGGGAUGGUAAUCUCAAGCGCUGGAAUCCCGUGCGUGAUUGGCAGUAAAAAGUGUUGGCAAUUGUCGUUAAGUUGUUAGCAAUAAAGAUAAGAAAAUAUCAAACAAAA